UACGUACAUUGCUAACUACGUUAGCGGCGUAAGCAAAGAUGACAAGAUCCGGGGUAUAAAAACAAGGACUUUCAUUCAAAAGCGUAUUUGAAAAAUGAUUUAAUAAAGCAAUGUGUUGGAAAUUCUUCGAAGCAUGUUAAACAUUUUUAGAAAGUUAUUGAAACCAGGUCAGUUGAAGGCGCUUCCAAGGGGAAGUGUGAGAGUAUUACAACGUAGUGACGCCACGACAAGUCAUAGCAGAAGCGUACCAGUAUACGAGCUACCAAAGCCAGGUCAACAACCAGUGAUGAUAAGAGAAAAUGUGCGGGUGUUAUUGAUGAGUAACGCAAUGAGCACUCUUACCAGACGUGUUGAGGAGAUACUAAAGACAUAUAAGGUCAUCUGCAAUUCUAUCAGUGUGAAAGACAGUCGAUCAAUGAUGGACGAAGUAAAGAAGUUUCAGCCAGAUAUAGUAAUUUGUCCAUUUUUGAAAUCGAAAAUACCGGACUCUUUGUACAACAAUCAUAUCUGCUUGAUAAUGCACCCGGGUAUCGCAGGUGACCGUGGAGCAAGUUCACUAGACUGGGCGAUCCUUGAAAAUGAAAGAGAAUGGGGAGUGACCGUUCUUGAAGCAUCUGAUGAAAUGGACGGCGGAUAUAUCUGGAGUACCGAUACUUUUGAAGUUCCACAGGGAAGCAUUAAAACAUCUUUGUACAACGGAGACGUUUCCGAUGCAGCAGUUAACUGUAUUGUCGAUGCAUUAUCUCGCUACUGUCAGGGUGUUGAUCCGGUGCCACCAUCUGAAUGUCCACAGAUCCAAGGAAGAUUUCGAAGAAAUAUGAAGAAAGCCGAUCGUCUCGUAGACUGGACCGUAUCAGCAGAGGAAAUCGCAGCACGAGUGCGCAUGUCUGAUACGGUUCCAGGUGCAAUUGGCAAGUUCGAACAAUUUGGAUUGCAAAAUGAGUUUCGACUGUUUGACGCCCAUGUUGAAACUGGUUGCCAUAGCGACUAUAUCCGGGAUCUCAUAAUGAAAUCUGAACCGGGACAAAUAAUUGGACAGAGACAUAAUUCGGUGCUGGUGAAAGCCGGCGAUAGCAAUGCCGUAUGGAUCGGUCAAAUGAAAAAGGAAACCAAAGGUCUAGCAGCUAAAUUACCAUCAAUGGAUCUACUUAAGGCGAACGGAAAUCUCAGUCUACCAACACUUAACCAGGAACCAAGUUGCUAUGAUGAUAUAAGAGUUAUAACUACCGGUCCCAUUUGCUAUGUGCAUUUUGACUUCUAUAAUGGUGCGAUGGAUACCCGCCAGGCUGCAAGGCUUGAGAGGACGUUACAAAAACUUGACGAAGUACCAGAAAUUAAGGUUGUCGUACUUAUGGGCGGGGACAGAUUCUUUUCAACUGGCAUUCAUCUUUGCGUCAUUGAGAACAGCGAUUGUAAACAAACAGAAGCAUAUGCAAACAUCUGCGGAAUCAAUGAUGUCAUCAAAAGUGUGGUAAAAAUGAAGAACAAAGCUACUGUUGCGGUCCUACAGGGAAAUGCUGGUGCUGGGGGAGCUAUGUUUGCCAUAGCUUGUGAUGUCGUCGUAUCUCAUCCGGGUGUUUUACUCACUCCCUCAUAUAAGACGAUGAAUCUACAUGGUUCAGAGUAUUGGACCUAUUUUCUUCCGCAACGUGUCGGUGAAGAAACUGCACAGAAUCUGGUCCAAGAUACAACACCGAUGUCUGCUACAACGGCCCAAAAUAUUGGGUUAUUGGAUCACGUUCUGCUGACCGGAAAAGAAAGUUUUAAACAGGAACUUCCAGAAUUCAUUAGGCAAUUAUAUAUGAAUGGCGAAUUCAGUGACGUCAUCAGGAAGAAACAAGAACAAAGGGACGGUGACUGGCUUUAUUUAAUUGAGCAACAUCGGAACUUCGAAUUAUCAAAAAUGAAAGAGAACUUCCGGUCAACCGAGUUUCUUACAUCUAUGCAUAACUUCGUGUAUAAAUUAGAGUGACAAAUGAAUUUCAUUCCAUAUUUUUGUUCUCACAAGUUAGACUCUACUCAGGCUUGUGAAUCACAAGGUUAAAACGGGAUAUCCAUGCAAGUCAUCACGACAAAUAUUUGAAUGAAUGAUCGAUCUAAUGAAAAGGUUGUUGAAUAUUUAGCGUUUUCCGCUUGGGUAUGCCACAUGACAUGUUUAAGUGACAUAUUUCAGAACCAAACGGAAUCAUUAAACUGUUAUUUAUAUCUAGCAUUUACUGUUUUGCUUUCAGUGCAUUUUACAUUGAAUUUUUAAUUGUUUCAAACUUCUGAAAUUAUAAAUCACUUAAACGAAAAGCAGACUUAACCUCACCGUUGCUGCAAGAUAGCAAACGUUAUAUAGUUACAAUACAAAGUACGCUUUUCAUGGGCAACGUCCAAUAAAAUGCACGUAACGUACAUGGCGACGUCACGCAUGUAAGCUCUGAAAUAUUUACCUUUGGAUGUUAAAAGUUGACACGGGAAUUGAAAAGCAAUAAAAGUUAAAGACUUUACGGACAAAACGCCUUUCAACUGUAAAUAAAGUUUUGCAAUAGUUUUUGAGUGACUAUUCAUAAUAAAUUAAUUUAUUUGUUGAGAAUACGCGACAGUGUUUACUGUGUUUGUAUGUAAGCUGAUGCUCUACUUAUACCUGAGGGAUUUACGGCCGCUCUGAUGUAUGGAGCGCAUGUUAAUUGUAUGACAUACACUGUGAAAGUAGAUUUUUUUGGUAUAAGACACAUUGUGAAAAAGCAGUAACAUGGGGUACUUUUAUAUUUUGUUGCAUUUUUUUCGCUUAACAUUAGAGUCUAUACAAAGCAGGUAGUAACAGGAUUGUAUACACUUACUGAAUAUUGAUCAGAAAACCAUUCAGUUUGUGUUUUGUAGCAUUAAAUCAGAAAUAAAUCUUCAUGAUUUUUUUCUUGAUGUUCUGACUUUAUUCCAAUAUAAUGCUAUUGAUUAGGUGAUUUCAUAUUCUGUCUUAUUUUUCGACAUUUGUUAUGAUGAUGUAUGUUAUGUGUAUAUAGAUUCUACUUUGUACCUUAUUUUCCGAUGUUUUACAAUCUGAUUACUUUGUUACAUACUUCUACAUGUUUGCAUAAAGUUGUAUAUUAUUGUAUCUUUCGCAUUUUGUUAUUAAAUGGCCAUUAAGUGUUA